GCGAGGUCGGCGCCGAGGGUGGCGGCGGCGAGGGCGUCGUGGAGGGGGCCGCGGUCGUCGCUGAGGUCGGCCGCGGUCUCCGCGCCGAAGGCGACGGCCGCGAGUGCGUCGUGGGGGAGGCCGUGAUCGCCGACGCAGACGGCGGUGGGAUGUUUCCCCAGGGCGGCGUCAAUAUGCACGUCGCGGAGCGGUCAUGUUGGGCCGCGCCGCCUCUCCCGAAGCUCGUGGACAGUGAGGGUCCGACGGCGAUGAGGGCUGCUAUGGGCGACGAGGUCGGCGCCGAGGGCGGCGACCGCGAAUGCGUCGUGAGGGGCGCCGUAAUCACCGACGCAGGCGGCGGUGGGAUGUCUCCCCAGGGCGGCGUCAAGGAGCACUUCGCGAAGCGGUCAUGCUGGGCCGUGCCGCCGUUCCCGAAGCUCGUGGACAGCGAGGGUCCGACGGUGAUGGGGGCUGCUUCGAGAGACGAGGUCGGCCGCGGUCUCCGCGCCGAGAGCGACGAGCGCGAGUGCGUCGUGAGGGGGGCCGUGGUCGCCGACGCGCGCGGCGGUGGGAUGUUUCCCCAGGGCGGCGUCAAGGGGCACGUCGCGAAAUUGUCAUGCUGGGCCGCGCCGCCUCUCCCGAAGCUCGUUGACAGCGAGGGUCCGACGGCGAUGGGGGCCGCUAUGAACGACGAGGUCGGUGCCGAGGGUGGCGGCGGCGAGGGCGUCGUGGAGGUGGCCGCGGUCGUCGCGGAGGCUGGCCGCGGGUUCCGCGUCGAGGGCGGCGACGGUGAGUGCGUCGCGAUGGAGGCCGUGGUCGCCGUCGCGGGCGGCGGUUGGAUGUCGCCCCAGGGCGGCGUCAAGUGGCGCGUCGCGAAGCGGUCGUGCUGGGCCGUGCCGCCUCUCCCGAAGCUCGUGGACAGCGAGGGUCCGACGGCGAUGGGGGUCUCUAUGAACGACGAGGUCGGCGCCGAGGAUGGCGACGGCGCGUGCGUCGUGGACGGGGCCGUGUUUGUCGCGGAGGUCGGUCGCAGAUUCCGCGCCGAGGGCGGCGACCGCGAGUGCGUCGUGAGGGAGGGCGGCGUCAAGGAGCACGGCGCGAACAAGUCGUGCUGGGCCGACGCUGCGGCUCUCGGCGUGUCGCGGACGUGCUGGGCUGACGCUGUGGACGACAGCGAUGGCGAUGGCUGCGGUCGGGGUUAUUGGAGCCAGGUCCUUCUGGCCAACCAGGCCGGUUUCACGCGGCGCGACAGGGCGGCGGCUGAUCGGGUCGCCGCAGACCGCCUUGUGCACGACGUGCUGCUCGUGCUCCCCGUGGCCGAGGAGACGACGAGAGCCGGGGUGGAGGCCGUGUUCAGGGCCAGGAAGGAGGAGAGGAAGGCGGUGUUGGCUGCCAUCCCCGACGUCGCCGAGACCUGCGCCCGCGGGUGGGCGCGCCUCAGCGGCCAGAUCGCGGAGUUGGAGCUGCGAGCGCGGG